CUUGGUCCUUCAGUUGACAUGUUAAAGGCAAUGGCAUCUGGAUUUUUUAUCUUAUCGUUCCUAGUUUUCGUAUCGAAAGCUGAUAGUGGCUUUACUGAGUGUUAUUGUGAUGGUGAUGAGAGAUAUUGGAGUAUGGACAGGAUUUUAUGGUACCAGAAAAUGAGUGAUCUCUGUAUUGCAAUACCUUAUUUUGCAAUCCCAAUUGAGAUAAUUUGCUUUGUCAGCUGUUGUAACUUUCCCUUCAAAUGGUUGCUUUUUCAAAUGGGAGCAUUCAUUACAUUCUGUGGGUUAACUCAUUUUCUCAAUUUCUUGGCUUUCGGUCGCCACCCCACAUUUCAGCUUGAGCUUGCCAUUCUUGUUUCCAAAAUCUUCACUGUCGCGAUCUCCUGGAUUACUGUUUUUACCCUUGCCAAAAUCAUCCCUUUGCUGCUUAAAGUUAAGGGAAGAGAGUUUAUGUUGCGAAAGAAGGCUUCGGAUCUUUACCGAGAAGUUGGAAUAAUAAAGAAGAAAACGGAAGCUGGAAUGCAUGUUCGGAUGCUUACACAAGAGAUCCGAAAGUCACUUGAUCGUCAUACAAUACUAUUUACAACUUUGGUUGAGCUAUCGAAGAUAUUGGAUUUGCAGAAUUGUGCUAUUUGGAUGCCUAAUAUGAACAAAACUGAGAUAAACCUGACUCAUGAGCUUACGACGAGGAACUUUUCCUGUAUGCCUAUCCCAACCAGUGAUUCAGAUGUAAAAGAGAUAAAGCGGAGUGAUGGUGUAAAGAUACUUGACGCAGACUCUCCACUCGCUGUUGCAAGUAGUGGAGGGAGUUGUGAGCCGGGAGAAGUGGCAGCAAUCAGGAUGCCACUGCUGAGGUUGUCGAAUUUCAAAGGUGGAACUCCUGAGAUUGUCCCGCAAUGUUAUCCAAUCCUGGUUUUAGUUCUUCCUAGCGGAAAAGGUAGAUCUUGUAGAUCUUGGUGUAACCAAGAAAUCGAGAUAGUUAGGGUUGUAGCCGAUCAGGUUGCCGUGGCUCUAUCCCAUGCUGCGGUUCUUGAGGAAUCUCAACAGAUGAGAGACGCGUUGAUAGAACAGAAUCAAGCUCUGCACCAAGCGAAACAGGACGCUCUUAGUGCAAGUCAAGCAAGGAAUGCAUUUGAGAGUGUUAUGAUCCACGGGUUGAGAAGACCUAUGCAUUCAAUUUCAGGUCUACUCUCCAUGUUGCAGGAUGAUGACAAGUUAAGUAAAGAGCAACAGCUUCUUGUCGAUACGAUGGUUAAAACCAGCAAAGUCGUGACAACCCUAACGGAUGAGGUGAUGGAUACUUCAGAAAAGGGUGGUUUGAGAUUCCCGUUGGAGAUGAGGCAUUUUCAGCUACAUUCCUUGAUAAGAGAAGCCGCUUGUCUUUCCAAGUGUUUGUGUACAUUUAGGGGUUAUAAUAUUGGCAUUGAGAUUGACAGAUCUUUGCCUAAUCAUGUUAUGGGUGAUGAAAGAAGAGUGUUUCAAGUUAUACUUCAUAUGGUUGGAACUCUUUUGAAGGGCAGCGCUGGCGGGUAUCUCACCUUUAGAGUUUUCCCGGAAAGUGGAAAUGAUUUAAGUUGGAAAACAAGGAGAUCAAAUGAUGAUAUCUAUAUCAGGUUUGAAAUUUGCACAAGUAUUAAACGAUCUCAGCCCGAGGGCAUAACAUCCUCAUUACCACAUUGCACCCAAAGAUACUGCAGUGAUGAGGUUGAGGAGACCUUGAGCUUUACUGUUUGUAAAAAGCUGGUUCAGUUGAUGCAAGGAGACAUCUGGAUAGUCCCCAAUCGCGAAGGUUUUGAUAAAAGCAUGGCUGUUGUUCUUGGCUUUCAAAUUCUUCCAUCUAGUACCAUAGCCAAACCUGAGCCUGAUCACUCGCAUUCUCUUCUCCACGGUGUCAAAGUUCUAUUAGCUGACUCUGAUGAUGUGAAUAGAGCUGUAACGAGGAAGAUGCUCGAGAAAUUAGGAUGCAUUGUUGCUGUAGUUUCGUCUGGAUACGACUGCCUUGGUGCUCUUGGCACCGAUGUGUCCUCGUUUCAAAUUGUCCUGUUGGAUCUUCACUUGCCUGAUUUAGAUGGCAUUGAAGUUACAAUGAGAAUUCAAAAGUUUCGAAGCAGUAGCUGGCCGUUGAUCAUUGGUUUAGCUGCAACUGCUGAUGAAGAUGUAAGUGGAAGAUGUCAGCAGAUUGGAAUGAAUGGAAUUAUAUGUAAACCAGUGCUCUUACCAGGAAUUGCUAAUGAGCUUCAGAAGGUCCUGCUCCAGGCAAGCAGAGUCAUGUCAUGA